AUGACAACAGAAAAUAUUUCACCAUUGUCUUCAACUUCGAAAAUUUAUCAUCGACAAAAUAAAUUUAAAAAAAACAGUGAAAAUACUUCACCAACCAAUGUUAAUGAUUGGACAAUAACAUUUUGUAUAAUUGGUUCUGCUUGUUCAAAUAAACGACUUCUAUCUUCACUUGAAGAUCGUUAUGUAUAUGAAUGUAUUCAUGAUGAACGAGAAGUAAUUCGUACAUUAACUGAAACGAAAAUUUUAUUAUCACAACGACAAUUACGUAUUUAUAUUGUUGAUUCAUUUGAUGAUUCUAUAUUUCAAUAUUUAAAAGACAAUGAAGAUAUUUAUACAAUUAGUUCUGAACUUGUAUUAUCAUGUGCAGAAAAAGAAAUUGAUAUUCCUGUACCAAGAAGAAAUCGACCAUUAUAUUGUCAACAUUUAUCUUCAGCUGUCAUAUGUUUUGUUGGAAUUCGAAGAGAUACACAUACGGAAUUAAGUGAUUUUGUUCAUUAUCUUGGUGGAUCUGUACGAAAAGAUUAUAGUGAUCAAGUAACACAUGUUAUAUCACAUGCAAAUAUCGGUGAAAAAUAUCUCACAGCGUUUAAUAUGGAAAGAAGUGAAAUUUUAACAGAAGAAUGGCUUUUACGUUGUUGGCAUGAACGAAAUAAUCGACAAUUUAAUUCAUUUGAUUCUGAACUUAUUCGAAUGUAUCGUGCUAAACCAUUACAUAAUCUUAAUUUAUUCUUUUUUGGUUUUAAUAAUGAUAAUGAAUUACAACAUUUACAUACUUUAACCAAUGAACAUGGUGGAUUUAUAACAAAAGAAAUGAAUGAAGCAACACAUAUUGUUCUUUCUGAUAUAAAUUUAUUUAUAUUGACAUAUCCAUCAUAUACACGUAAAAAUCGACAAUAUAUUGUUCAUGUACAAUGGUUUUGGGAAUGUUUAUGUUUAAUGGGAAAAGCUGAUGAAUCAAUGUAUAUAGUUAAUUUAACUAGUAAUCAAUCAACAACACCAGAUUCUUCGUUAUUAUUACUUUCUCCAUCAAUACAUGGUGAUAGUCCAUUACAUGAUUCAUCAUUAAAUACGACUAUUAAACGAAAACGUCGACAUAAACAUUCGUAUAUAAAUGAACAAAUUGAUAAUACACCAAAUUCAAAACGUUUUAAUAGUAGUAUUAAUGAGAAUGAAAAUUUAUUAGAUGAUAAUAUUGUUAUAGAAAAACAACAAAAUAUUAAAAAAGAUAAUAAAUAUUUAAUUGGAAUGGAAUUAAGAGAAACGGAACGAAAUUAUGUUACAAUGUUAUCAAAUAUUAUUCGAAUUUUCAAAACCGAAAUGGAAAAAGAUGAUCGUCGAAAUGGUCCUAUUCUUACAAAAGUUGAAAGUACACAAAUAUUUGGUAAUAUUGAAGAAAUCUAUCAUUUACAUUUAUCUAUUGCUGAACAACUUGAUCGAGCUAUAAAUGAAGAUGAAUGUAUUAGUUCAAUAUUUUUAACUAAUUCUGUUGAACUUUUACGUGUUUAUCAACCAUAUACAAAAUUUUAUGAUAAAACAAUUGAAGCAAUUCAUACAUUAGAAAAAACUAAUCCUCGUUUUUAUGCUUAUCUUAAAAUUUGUGAACAUAAAAUUGAAUUAGGUAAACAACAUUUAGCUGAUUUAAUGAUACGACCUAUUCAACGUUUACCAAGUAUAUUAUUAUUAUUAGAACGUUUACUUAAAUAUACAUCAAUAACACAUAUUGAUUAUCAAUUAUUAAUUGAUUCAUUAGAUAAAUUACGUGAAAUAGCAAAAAAAUUAAAUGAAGAAAGAGGAAAAACAGAAAAACAUUUAUCAAUGUUUAAUAUUGUUAAUAGUAUUGAUAAUUGUCCACCAGAAUUACUUGCUGCACAUCGUGAUUAUAUAGAAAAAUUUCAUGUUAUUGAACUUUCACAAGAAUUAACAACAACACGAACACAUUUAAUUCUUUUUCUUUUUUCUGAUUGUCUUGAAGUAACAAAAUUACGUGUUAAUAUGUGGAAAACUCCUGGUAUGAAAACAUCGAAAACAUACAAACAUAUUGCACUUAUUCAAUUAAGUGAUAUUCGAAGUUUAUUUGAUAUUAAUUCAUUAUCAUUAACAAUUGAUGAAACUGAACAAUUCGGAAUACUUUGUUCAAUUGAUGGACAAAUACGUCAACUUAUAUUUCGUGUUAUUAAUGGAAAUACAAAUACUAGUACUAAUAAUUCAAAAUCUUAUUUUACUGAUUCAAUGUCUCCAUCAUCAUCGAUUUCAACAUUAUCAAAUAGUACUACUCAUCAUGGAAAUACUAAAAUCGAUGUACUUUAUCAUUUAUCUAAAGCUAUUUCAGAUGAUCGAUGUUUACUUGAUAAAUCUUCACUUAUUCAAACAGUUACUAAUUCAAAUAAUAAUCAUCAUAUGUAUUGUUCUCAAACAUCACUUGAAAAUUCAGAAAGUGAUUCAGGUUUACGUUCAACUAGUAGUUUGAAUUUAUUAGGUUUAGCACUUAAACGUGGUUUUCAUAAAGCAAAUAAACGGUUAAGUCGAGCUUUUUCAUUCAGUCCAGAACCUAAUAAACAUUUAUCGAAAAAAAUCAAUAGUCCAAUUCAUUUAUUACAAGAUGAAUGGUCGAAUACUUUUGAUUCAAAUAAACGAAUGAGUGUAUCAUCAAGACAAGAUUCAUUCAUGAAAACUGUUCAUCAUUUGGAUUCUUCACCCUUUAUGCAAUCCAUCCAAGAACACUGA